AUGAGAGUUCACACUGUAGAGAAGCCGUACACAUGUGAUCAGUGUGGAAAGAGUUUCAAAGGAAAACAAUACCUUACAAAACACAUGAGAAUGCACACUGCAGAGAGACCAUACACAUGUGAUCAGUGUGGAAAGAGUUUUGCACGGCUGCACAGUUUGAAAUUGCACCAGAAAAUACACACUGGUGUGAAAAAUUAUAUGUGUUUUGAUUGUGCAAAAACUUUUAUUACAGCAGGUGAACUGAAACAGCACCAGAUAAUUCACACUGGAGAAAAACACCACAAGUGUUCACACUGUGACAAGAAAUUCUCUCGGUCAUCAACACUGAAAAGACAUGAGAGAAUCCACAAUGGAGUGAAACUGUACACAUGUGAUCAGUGUGGAAAAAGUUUCAAAUAUAAAGAAACCCUUAAGAUUCACACGAGAAUCCACACUGGAGAGAAGCCACACAAUUGCCACCAGUGUGGAAAGAGUUUUGCACAUCUGAACAAUUUUAAAAGGCACCAGAAAUUACACAACAGUGUGAAAGACCAUGUGUGCAUCGAGUGUAAGAAGGCUUUUACUACAGGCAACGAUUUGAAACGGCACAACAGAAUCCAUACUGGAGAAAAACCUUACAAGUGUUCACAUUGUGACAAGAGAUUCACUCAAUCAUCAAUACUGAAAACACAUGAAAGAAUCCACACUGGAGAGAAACCGUACCAUUGCCCUCCAUGUGAGAAGAGUUUCAACCAAAUUGGUAAUCUACAGAGGCAUCUGAGAAGGCAUCAUACAAAGUCUUUUUGUAAGUAA